AUGAGUCGGCCCCAGCAAAAACGAAGUCGCGCAAACACCACCGGCGAAGAUGGCGACGCGACUGCACCUGCAACAAAGCUAUGGACAGCGAUGGAGCCACCUCCGAUCGUAUGCUUCUCGCAUGAAGCUCUGGUCAAGUGGAGGAAGCAGAGAGAACUGUAUGAGGCUGCUGUCAUCUCGCGAUGCCAAGGGAAUUGUGAGCCGUUAGCGACAGAAACGAUACCAGCUACCAACACGAUUAAUCGGCGUUUGCUAAAGAUGUUCUAUGAACUGGAGUUGAAGAUACAAGUUGACGAGAUGACGAACGAGAAGUUAGUCGAUGCUAUCUCGAAAAUCCUUUCCAGUAUGAUGAGCGAUCAGUUUCCAAAUGUCCAUGGGUUAAUGAGCCAGCAAUUAAAGAUGGAUUUGAUGCAGAAGGAUGUCAAGGCGCGCGUAUUGAACUAUUUCGACAGCUUUGAUGAAUUGGAUGAGGAGAACGGAUUGAACGCUGCUUUGGGUGGUAACGUCAAGUUGAAGUGUAAGUUGUUGACUGAGUAA